AUGUCCACAAACGAAGAACUCCAUCGGAUAAUUGAGCAGCUACGUCAGGAGAAGGAGCAGGAGCGACGCGAAAAGGAGCAGGCCCGACGUGACGGGGAGCAGGCCCGACGUGACGGGGAGCAGGCCCGACGUGACGGGGAGCAGGCCCGGCGCCUCAUCCGUAACACGACCCUCGAGGAAUACCUGGCGGCCUGCCAGGAGCAUGUCUUAUCCAAGAUCCAACUUGUCACCGACGGCUACCUCACGACCAGAGCUCCCACUACCAACCCUGCCCGAAAGCACUGCCCAACCCUUCUUGUGCCUUGGGCCGGCUUCAUCUCGACGCAGAUAGAGACAAUCCGGCUCAUCGACCGGGUUCUCCCUGACGAUGGGCGACUCUUCGAGAGCCUGCAUUUCCUCCAGGGCAUCGGCCACCGCCUGAGCAUGCGGCGGGUACAGGACGAAGCAUCUCUCGUCUUCGUCCAGAACAACGCCAUCGAAGAUCCUGUGCGCAUAAUCUUAUCCAAGAUGAACGCUUUCCAUCCCACGAGGUUCGGCCUCUCCAUCCCCGACCAGGUCGAGUUCCAGACGACCGCAAGCAGCCUCCGUGACCCGACCGAUCAGAGGGACACGGUAGAGCGAGACGCGAGGCUACGGACGGACCAGAUCUGCGUCUUUCGAAACUCGGCUCAGAGAGACAUCGCGUAUGUCAUCGAAUACAAGGCGCCCCAUAAGCUGCACACGGCACACCUCGAGCAGGGUCUCCGGCAGAUGGACAUCUUUCGCGAGGUCGUCAACAAGCAGACUAUACCCACGGCCGACCCCGACAAGUUCAAGCACUAUGCCGAACUCCUCUCCGCAGCGGCCGUCACACAGACAUAUCACUACAUGCUAGAGGCUGGGCUGGAAUACAGCUACCUGACCAACGGCGACGCAAUCGUCUUUCUAAAGAUCGACUGGGCAGACCCGGCGGUUCUCCACUACCACCUAGCGCAACCGUCACGCGAGGUUCUGGUAGACGGGGAUGCUGCCUACAGCAAUGCCAUCUGCCAAGUUCUCGCAUUCACCCUCACGGCUCUCCAAUCGAGGCAGCAUACAAAUAGUGAACGGGUGGCCGCGACGGAAAAAUGUCAGAAAUGGGAAGUCGAUUUCGGCUUCAUCCUAGACCAGAUUGUCAAGGAGGAGGAGGAGGAGAAAGCCAGGGCAGACCCCACGACACCCAGAGGAAGGAAGCACAGCCGUGCUACGAGCAGCCCAGGCUGGCUGCCGGCACCGAUCAAGAAGACCAGACGGAACCCGCGGCAGCAGUCCCCGUCCGAGGAGUCGGACCGGGUGCUCCGAAGCCAUGGACACGACAGGCCCGGAGGGGGAGCAGGCACCGGUGGGGGGGCGUCCGAAGGCGAUCGUGCCGGCCGGCCGGACGGUUCUCCUCAGCGACACGGCACCGCUGCGUCGUCAGACCGAGCACCUACCGGCGGCGAAAGCACGUACCAGGGGCGAAGGCAGUACUGUACGCCGUCGUGCCUCCUGUCCCUCGUGGGCGGCCAGCUGUCGGAUCAGAAAUGCCCCAACGUGGAGCUGCACCUCGGUACGACGCUCCCCGAGGCCGGACAGGCCAGACAGGCCAGACACCCGGUCUCGUACUCUCAGUUCAUGGACCUGCUGCGGCGGCAAUUCGCUCAGGGUCUGGACGAGGGCGUCGUGGUCCUCGGAAAGGAGGGUGCCUGCGGUGCCCUGUUUCAGAUAACGCUGCUGCGGUACGGCUACACCUUCAUAGCCAAGGGCGUCACCGGAGGGCGCGUGCCAGAGCUGGAGAAGGAAGCGGCCGUCUACCAGAAGCUGCAGCCUCUGCAGGGCCACGGCAUUCCCGUGUGCCUCGGCUCCGUCGAUCUCAAGCCACUGGGCCAGGUGUUCUACUACUACUUCGACGUGCGUAUAAUCCGGUUCAUCUUGCUCUCCUACGGAGGCACCGAGGUCCGAGCAGGCGACGAGGCGUCCAGGGCCGGCGUCGCCAAUACGGUCACCUCCAUCCUCGGUCAGAUGCACAGGCUCGGGGUGGUUCACGGCGACGUUCGAUGGCCCAACGUGUUGCAAGGUCCGGAUGGAGAGAUUACCCUCAUCGACUUCGACCGCGCCACGUUUCUCCUACCGGACAGGAGCCGAGCCGCCCUCAGUGCGAUCUCGCCUAAUAGGCGGAAACGUCUGAUGGAGGCCGAAGGGGGGGAAGACUCGUCGCCGGCGAAGAAGGCGUUCCUCCAGCCCGCAAUUCAGCAGGAUAACGCCGACGCGCAGAGCCUCUUCUCUCUCGACUGCGGCAGGAUGAUUGGUCGAGGCGGGCUGGGGCGUGAUGGCGACGGCACGUGA